AUGUUUGGGCACAGCUUGCAUAGGUUCUCCACCUCCUUGGUUUGCAGGAACCACUAUAAGGAGGGCUGAGGGAAGAACCUGCCCUUUUGAAUAGAAAACAAAUGGAAGUUGCUGGCAAUGGUAACUGUGUAUUUUGGAUAUAGGUUUGCUGUGCCUUUCUAUAUAUUAAGACAUCAGAUGCUUAAUAAGAUUCUCCUAUAG